AUGAAAGUUCUUUUUUUAUCAUUUUUGUUGCUGUUUUGUAUUGCAAAAUGUGAUGAUUCGUUUCCGUGUAGGUUUAAUGACGGAUCAUUUGGAAAAUGUGUCGAGAUUAAGAACUGUAGAUCACUAUUUGGAUUGUAUAGACUAGGAACUAUAAGAGUGAAGGACUUACCGAUUUGUGAUCCUGUUAAAAGACUUGUUUGCUGUCCAAGAAUCAGCUCGAAAAAAUGUAAGGAAUAUGGACAAAGUGCUCUAAAGACGAUAAACAGUUCAAAUACGUUAAUUAAAACUCAGUGCAAGUUUAGUCAAACUUCAAUUUUGAUCGGAGACGAGUCAGAACAACUUACAAAUAGAUUCUACAAUGAAUGGGCUCGCAAUAGACCUAUCUUGUCGCAUAAUCGAAACCCUUUAACAUUAAGACAGUUUGAAUUCCCUCAUCAAGCUAUUUUAGGCUAUCAAAUUAAUGAUGAAGUCAAAUGGAUCUGUAGUGGAUCAUUAAUUUCACUGAAUUUUGUAUUAACAGCUGCUCGAUGCAUCUCUUCGAUUGAGUAUGGAGCUGUAAAGUUCGUUAAAUUAGGUGUUUUUGAUCUGCUAAAUCAUGCAGACAAGUCUGUGACUUUUACUGUCAAGCAAACUUUCAAGCACUCAAAAGACAGGACGUCUGCAUUACAAAAUGACAUUGCUCUUCUUAAACUGCAAGGAUCAGUCAAAGAAAAUGAUAAUAUCUGGCCAGUGUGCUUACCAACAAGACCUUAUUAUGAUACAAAAGCUAUCAAGACUGGGUUUGGAGAAACUGGAAGUGGAGGUUCAUCACAGAAUUUACUGAAAGAUAUUGUUACUAAGUUUGAUCAAGAGUUUUGUAAAGAAAGUUAUGAAGAUCAUUUUAAUGAAACUACAAUGUUGUGCUAUGGACAUCAAUCAGGAGUGAGAAACGUUUGUGUUAAUUUUGAACUUUAGGUGGACCUCUUCAAGUUUCAAAUGAUGAUCAAGUAAAUUGUACAUUUACACAAAUUGGGAUUUCUAGCAUUGGAGCAGGUAACUGUGGAACUAUUGGAGCAACUGAAGGGUUUGUUAACGUCUACAAAUUCCUAGAUUGGAUUGAAAGGAUCGUUUGGAAGGAUGAAGUAUGA